CAGUAGCGUUUUCUUGUCGUUACAUCUUGUUUUGAUAAUCUCAAUGCGGUGUUGGUACACAGUGGUAACACAAGACAUAAAGCUUUGCUAGCUGUGAGAGUGUUUAUUGUCGUGAGGCAACAGAGUAAGACAGACGCUGGCACCGCCAUGGCCACUGGAAUGCAAAGUUGUCGCUUUGUGGAUCUUCAACCGAACUUUGAUUUUCGCAACAACAUUGCGUCACUUUCUGUUUCUGCCAUGUCUGCCCCUCCAUUCGCAGCAGGAGGUUCUAGGAUGGACACAGGACGUGACAGUUUUUCACGAGGAAUCAAUUACCUCAUACCCAGAAGAAUGCCUAUUUUAGAUUCGGACAAAGUUGGCAUCGAUUACAAGGAUUCCUCUGGUCGCAACGUGUCCCGAAACAGUGCAAAAACGCCUCGGGAUAAAGCUGACGUCAUGAUUCUAUCAGACAUGAGUGGCUCUUACAACAGAAAAAGCCAGCUACAUCAGCGGAGCCAAUGUGACUCGGACGACAGUUCUCAAAGCUGCGACAAAAGCAAAAAGGUUCCGUUGUACGAUUCCUGCGUGGACCAGGACGAUGGAGAUAGUGGUUCAACUGGACCGAGCCCGAGCUUCAAGAGUGAUGAUGCGUCAGACUCUGACGCGGAGGAGUCCUGUAUACCUCACGUCUAUGCCCCAGGGUCGGGGCACCGCCGUUGUCUGCUCUGGGCCUGCAAAGCAUGCAAGAAGAAGACAGUGAGCGUUGACAGACGGAAGGCUGCGACCAUGCGGGAAAGGAGACGCUUACACAAGGUGAACGCAGCGUUCGAGGCGUUGAAGCGGCGGACAAGUUCCAACCCAAAUCAGCGUCUGCCCAAGGUUGAGAUAUUACGCAACGCUAUCGAUUAUAUUGAGAGUUUGGAAGACAUGUUGCGGGGAAACAAGAUCGCUACGGAUGCGAACAACUUCUGCAACUUCGAUCAAGCGGGACUGAACCUGAACGAAACAAGCUGGUACUUUGAUAAGUUUGGACAAAAUGGUGGAAGGGUUGCCCAUUACACUGGAUUUCAAGAAAAUGGCCCUGCCACCUCCAGCAUAGAUCGACUGUCCUACAUCGUGGAUAACAUCCGUCCUUCCAACAUGCCCAGCCCGAUGUCGUCACUCGCCAAUAACGCAAGGGACAAUCUCAUUCGAAAAUGAUGUGAAUGUAGCAGGCUAUUCAGUCUCAAGACAAACUCAGUGGGUUUUUAGUCCCACUUGUGGUUGUGACUAUAAGCAUCACACUUGGUGUUACAUAAAAAUGCAACGAUCUGAUAGGCAAAAUUUACCUGAAAUCAUCGUUGACUGAGGAUGUUGUAUAUUACACAACCAGAAAUUGACAUUACAUCGUAUGUGUGAGGUACAUGCAUUCACCCGGUUUAUCAAUUUUCGAUCCAGUCCGCCGAAGACCUUUCACCAGCCUCUUCCGUUCACUCAUUACAGACAAGGGACUUCGUUCUCGAUAAGUCCGUUUUGGAUACGACGCUAGAUUGUUGGAAGGGCGAAAUGACUAGGUGUGUUGUCCUCAGGUGUGAAGGUAUGGUGAGUCCUAGGAUGAAUGUCACAGUUAUCGGCACAUUGGCUUAGUAGAUUCUGAAGGUAACAUGUGAUUGCAACAAGGCGUAAGCUUUUGAAUUGUAUUGGGACUAGCAUUCCUGUCGCACCAGUAUUCGAGUAUACACGUCCAUGCAUUUAGCAUCGGACUUGACCACAUUUGUCCGUUCUUCGCACACGAGGGCGAAGGACGGUUACGACGAAAUAGGCCGCUUUUCUACAAUACCUUUAUAUUUAUU